ACGAGGCUAAGUGAGUCAUGUUAAAAAGGAAAACAACACACAACAAACCGAGACGAGCAACAAAUUUAAGCAGAAGAUCAAGUCAAACAUACAGAGCUGUGUCAUCUUUUGAAGAAAAAGGGAGUGUCAAGCCAUUAAUGAAAGUUUUUAACUUGUCAACACUUUCUUUUUUUUUAUAAAGUUAACCUUUGUGAUUUUGUUUUUGUUAAAAAAUAUCCACAUCCAAAAUGUUGCCAGGAAUUGGUGUAUUUGGAACUGGAAACGUUGUGAGAGUGAUAGUACCAUUUCUACGUGAGAAGGGGUUUAAAAUUGAAGCUUUGUGGGGAAGAACACUGUUAGCAGCUCAAGAAAUAGCCCAAGAACUGGAAAUACCUUUCUGCACCAACAAAAUUGACGAUGUCUUAUUGCGGAAAGAUGUUGACCUUAUUUUCAUUAUGUGUUCUCCAAAUCUUCAUUCUCAAAUUGCUGUGAAAGCAUUGGGCAUAGGUAAACAUGUCUUAUGUGACAAACCUGCUGGCCUAUGCCAAAGUGAAUCUCUGAAAAUGGUUCGAGCUUGUCAGUAUUAUCCAUCCCUCAUAUCAAUAGUAAACCAUAGUUUGAGAUUUUUACCAGCAUUUGUGCACAUGCGAAGAGCUAUUUGUGAAGGCUUCCUGGGAAAAGACAACAAAAUCACUGUAUGUGAUAUUCGUGUACAAAUGGGGAGCCUUUUGCAUUCCACUUAUGACUGGCAUUGUGAUGAAACAAUGGGUGGAGGAAUUCUGACCCUUGUUGGUAGUCAUGUCGUUGAUUUAGUCUCUUACCUCAUUGAUCAGAAAGCUGUUCGAGUCCAUGGUGUUGUAAGAACAUUUACCAAAACCACUGAUAAUAUCAAUGGCAUAAGACACAUAUCCAGUCCAGACUUCUGUAGUUUUCAAAUGGAUAUGAGUGAUGGGACCUUAGUGACUGUCACAUUGAACAACCAUUUUCAAGGGUCUUUCAGCCAAGAAGUUUUGGUAUGUGGACAGCAAGGCCACUUAGUUGUACGAGGUGGAGAUUUAUAUGGUCAGAAAGCUGGGGCUUCUAAAGAAGAAGUUAUAUAUGUGGAUGUUGAGGACCUCCAAAGAGGUGGGAAUAUAAUUGCCAGUGCUGCAAAGUCAAUACCCCGUCCUUACAUGAAAGGUCUCUUUAAGAUGAUAUGUGCACUGAGAGAAGCUUUCCUCCCAGUUGAAGACAAAAGAGGUUGGAUAAAGCAACCAGUAGCACAAGCUGCUAACUUUGAAGAUGGGUUGUAUGUUCAAGCUGUCAUAGAUGCAUUACGAAAAUCAAGUGCUAACCGAGAGUGGGUAAAGGUGAAUAUUAUCACAGAAGAACCUGAUCCUAAUCCUCUAUUGAGUGCAGCUGUAAGACGCAGUGCUAUAUCUAUGUAAACUCCUGCUUUACUGCUCUCUAAUUCUGUUUGUGCUUACAGUUUCAUGGGUUACUUUGUUCUGAGGUUGUCUCAUGGAAAUGCAGGGCAUGUUUGUUGUCAGUCUCAGAUGUUAUCAAAUCAACGUUUCAAUGUUUAUGUUAAUAACAUUCAAAGUUUUGCAAGUACUUAAAGUAGUUACUCAAAAACCCAUGAUAUUUUUUUGUCCAGUAUUUAUUUUUAAUAUAGUUAUUGAUUUCACGCUGGAGCUCUCGAACAAACCAUGAAAGUGGUAUCAACUAUUUUACCCUUUCAAAUUUUUCUUACAAGCUGGAAUGACUAAUAUCAUUCUGGUUAAAUUAUGCGUAGAAUUUUUAUUUGCUUGUAGUAUUUAACCCAAAUCAGUCAUUAUAUUUUCUCCUUCUGUGUUUUUCCCUAGUUUUUCCUCAUCUCUUUUGUCAGUGACCUAAUUAACGUCAUUACAGUUUUCAGAGUGAUGGAAAGUUAUAAGGUUGUGUUUGUAUUUGUUAGAAUGUACAAUCUUGCAUUAUGUACUUAUUACAUACUGAUCAUUCCUUAGGGUUGAAAAGUUUUAGGAAUUCUUAUAUAUUUGCUUAAUUUGUU